UUCUCAAAAACAACAAACAAAUAGCCCAAUGUCAAAGGCCACAGCAGAGCCUUUGAGCUGCUACUCAACUCACAUUCCAAAUCCCCAGUCUCUUUUGUGUAAUGUAAAUCAAGGUUAAUUUUUCACACAGACAAAACACACACAGAAAAUCAACUUGCAAGAUGGAAGCGCGCGCACUUCGCGAUGGCCAGGCGAAGGCACAUGCCAUGGGCAUGGAAAUCUCAAAGGAAUGCAUUCAAUUGGCAAAGCAGAGUGCCGCAGGAAUGGAAGACUUUGUGAGAGGAAUGGGCAACGCAAUGCAAGACACAAGCACAUUAAUGGAGAAAAGUCCAAGGACGAUGCAGGAACAGUCCCGAGACAGGGUCCAACACUUGGAGAAUGGAAGAAUAGCGGCAGAAACAAAAACUGCAACAGGAGUUCUCUCCCAGCAGAUAGGACAGGACUGUGUAAGGAACGCCCCAGCAGAAACGAACACAAAUGAUGAAAAUGCUCAAACAAAGGACGACACAGAAACCCCCGAACCCAACAAAGAAGAAUCCAGCACAAUGAUCGAGAACGAAGAGGCCACCGAGGAACGAUUUGAGGAAACAUUGAGCGAACAAUCUUUGACAGGCAUGGACAAGGCAAAAGUAAAGGAGAAAGAGGCCAAGGAGGAAAGAAAACUAAAAGAGAAGCAAACCAAAGAGGAGAGGCAAAGAGCACAGCUAAACGUUUUAAUGGAAGAGGCUCGAAGAGGAAACGAAUCCAGUCUCAAGAGCCCCAAGACAGAGAUCAAAGACAGCGAAAUCACAGCUGAACCCAAGGUGCAGGCAGCACAGGACACGAUUAGAACGCCCAACUGGAUAGCGAAAUAUCUGAAAAAGCCAAAAAAGGCCAAGGCAGCCAAGUGGAAAGUGGACAGUGUCAAAAUGAAAGAGGAUCUGCAACAAUUUCUAAGCGGAAUCGAGUCGCUGGACACGAAGCAACGCGGGGAGGACAGACAGGAAGCCGAAGAGGCGCUUGACAUUGUCUUGAAUGAUGAAAAUAUGACGUCCUGGAGAGCCUUGUUGAGGGAUUUGAGCCAAACGUCCACAUUCUCGGUGGCCACCGCAAGCCUCAGCUCAUCCCAACUCUCCUCGGAGCCCAGAACGGUGGUGCGCGCCAUUCUGCGUCGCUCGGCCAAAAUGGAGUACAAGAAUCAGCUGCAAGUGCUCAAGGAGACCUACAACUAUCGUAAACUUCUGCUGCUGAAGCUCAAGCAGGACAUGAAAUCGAAUUACAAGAGCGAGGCCGAAGAGCUCCGCAAGGCGUACAAACAGAUGAGACCUCCAAAGCUCUGAAAAUUCUUUAAGACUCAAAGUUAAAUGAAGAUCGGAGAAUUUAUGGAAGAUCCUAGCGUGGAAACACAACCCGUUUCAGCCCCUGAAUAACUUUCAUUUCAGCUCUUGACCGAACAAUGGGAAUUGGCCCGACUUACUUUCAUUUAAAAUGCGCAUUUCAUUUUGCAUUUGCUCCGCCGCUUACACUUGCCACAACACUCAGCUUGCAUCUCAUUAGGAGUGCUGCAACCCACUUUCGUUGUAAUGAAACAACCGGACUACAGCCAGUUCCCGGUGGUAUGCAACAGCUUUGUCCGCUGACUUUUGCGGAGCAAAAUUUAAAUUUGUGCCACUUCUGUUUUUGCACGUUGAAA